AUGUCCUCUUACAUUAAAGAAUCAGUCGGUAUCGACGAAUUGACCGUUUCCGGGUCCCAAGAACAACCAUUCAAGACCCCAGCUUUCGCCUUGUUUGCCAACUUACAAAACAACGGUGAAGAUGCUGCUGAACCAAAAUUGUUCGUCUUUAAACCAGAAGACAAUGAAUUUGUAGAAAUAUCUGCUUCUGCCUUGAAGAAAGCUCGUAAGGGUGCUGAUGGUUUGAAGAAGAAGUUGCUCAAACAAAAGGAGCAAGAAUUGAAGAAACAACAACAAGACGUUGAAAAUGCCGCCAAGCAAAUGGCUGCCAUGAACAUUACCAUUGAAGAAGACAAAUCCUUACCAGUGGCCAAGAAAUUCAAGAUCAAGGGUUCAUAUGGCCAAGUUGGUCAAAGAGUUAAGAUCUCUGGUUGGGUUCAUAGAUUCCGUUCCAACAAGAAGGUUGUCUUCCUUGUCUUGAGAGAUGGUACCGGAUUCCUUCAAUGUGUCUUGACUGGUGACUUAGCGUUAGCCAAGCAAACCCUUGACAUAACUUUAGAAACCACUGUUACAUUAUACGGUACCAUUAUAAAGGUUCCAGAAGGUAAGACUGCCCCAGGUGAUGUUGAAUUAGUUGUUGACUAUUACGAAGUUGUCGGACAAGCACCAUCUGGUGAAGAAGCCUUCACUAACAAGAUCGCUGAAGACUCAGACCCAUCGUUGUUAUUGGAUCAACGUCAUUUAGCCUUGAGAGGUGAAACACUAUCUGGUGUCAUGAAGGUCCGUGCUGCUCUGUUAAGAGCCGUUAGACGUGUUUACGAAGAAGAAGGUUUAUUGGAAGUUACACCACCAUGCAUGGUCCAAACACAAGUUGAAGGUGGUUCUACGUUAUUCAAGUUGGAUUAUUACGGUGAAGAAGCCUUCUUGACUCAAAGUUCUCAAUUAUAUUUAGAAACUUGUUUACCAGCCUUAGGUGAUGUCUUCUGUGUUCAAGAGUCAUUCCGUGCAGAAAAAUCUCACACCAGAAGACAUUUGUCUGAAUACACACAUAUUGAAGCUGAAUUGGCUUUCCUAACAUUCGAAGAAUUGUUGGAACAUAUUGAAACUUUGAUCGUUAAGAGUGUUCAAUAUGUUAUGGAAGAUCCAGUAGCCGGUCCAAUUGUUAACCAAUUACACCCACAUUUUGUUCCACCAAAGGGUCCAUUUAUGAGAUUGGAAUAUAAGGAUGCUAUCACUUGGUUGCAAGAACAUAACAUUAAGAACGAAGAUGGUGAAGAUUUCAAAUUCGGUGACGAUAUCGCUGAAGCUGCUGAAAGAAAGAUGACUGAUACUCUUAAUGUUCCAAUCUUGUUGACUAGAUUCCCAGUGGAAAUUAAAUCUUUCUACAUGCCAAAAUGUAAAGAUGAUCCACGUGUUACUGAAUCUGUGGAUGUUCUAAUGCCAACUGUCGGUGAAAUCACUGGUGGUUCCAUGAGAAUUAGCGACAUUGAUGAAUUGAUGGCUGGUUUCAAACGUGAAGGUAUCGAUCCAAAGCCAUACUACUGGUUCAUCGACCAAAGAAAAUACGGUACUUGUCCUCAUGGUGGUUACGGUUUGGGUACUGAACGUAUCUUGGCUUGGUUAUGUAACAGAUUCACUGUUAGAGAUUGUUCCUUGUACCCUCGUUUCAGUGGUAGAUGUAAGCCAUAG